AAUACCCUACACGCAAAACCACACAGUAGAAAAAAGGUAAACAAUACAAUUAAAUCAUAGCGUUCAAAUUUCAAUAGUUCAGAUUUUUGUUGUCUCCUAGUACACAAGUUGUCUCGUCUGUUUAGCUCUUAUCGACAGAUAAGGACUACGCAUUAAUAUUUCACUUUUACCUAUAAAGACCGUGACUAUCGAAUGCCGAUAAAGAGUCAAUGAUCUAAACAGUUCGGCCACUUGUUCAAGCAGUGUUGUUCACAGAAAUUAACGGCAUAUAUAUUUUGUUAUAACUACGAGUAAAUUAAAUUUUUAACUGUAAAACAGUUCGUGCAUUUGUUAAAAUGUCUUUUGGUGGAGUAGUUUUAGAAAAUAUAGUAGAUAAAGUGUUUUUAGUGACCGGUGGAGCUGCUGGUAUCGGUGCUGGUGUAGUGAGAGAAUUAUUGUUGGAGAAUGCUCGAUACGUAGCUUUCCUGGACAUCGCUGAACGAGAAGGCUUGAUAUUAGAGUCAGAACUAUACACUAAAUUUGGUGCAUUAAAGGCUAAAUUCAUAAAAUGUGAUAUAUCAAACGAAUCAGAAUUCGCUGAUGCUUAUAAGCAAGUAUUCAACAAGUAUCGAAGAAUAGACGUAGUUAUAAACAAUGCGGUAGUGUUGAGUGCUGACGACUCUGACUAUAAGAGAAUAGUGGAUGUUAAUUUGACAGCUACAAUAAGCAGUACGCUAAAGGCACUAGACUAUAUGGGUAUAGACAAAGGAGGCAUUGGUGGUACAGUAGUGAAUGUAUCAUCCCUUCUAGCUCUUACACCAAAGCCACAUCUACCCGUGUACGCGUCGACGAAAAUCGCCGUGCUUCAAUUCAGCAAUUCUAUAGGAGCAGAGUUGUUCUACUCUAAGUCGAAGGUUCGAGUUUUGACAGUAUGUUUCGGACCUACUGACACAGCUAUUCUACAAAAACCGAGCAUAUCGAAUUUCGAUAAACAUUUUACACAAAGCCUCGCUUCGCGUGCCCCAGUCAGACAAAGAGUAAAAUCUGCAGCCUACGGUAUGCUGCAGGUGAUUAAUAAUGGAGUCAGCGGUUCAACAUGGAUGAUAGCAAACGACAAGUCACCUGUAGAUAUUAGCGAAAAUAUUUCCGGAGGCUUUAACGUUAUGUCGUGCGGUAUCGAAAAUAACUGAGAGAGAAAUGUAUUUAAAAAAGUAUAUGUAAUGUAAAAUUGUAUUUUAUGAUGUUCAUUUACCAAAGGUUUAAAGUUUAGUUAUAUUGUUUUUUACUUAUAGCUUAUUAAAUUACAUAGGUUAGAAUCG